AUGUUUACAUUGAAGGGUGAAGAUGUCAACCGGACACUUGAAGGUGGGAGGAAGCCUCUUCACUAUGCAGCAGACUGUGGACAGCUUGAGAUUCUGGAAUUUCUGCUAUUGAAAGGAGCUGAUAUUAAUGCUCCAGACAAACAUAAUAUCACACCACUCCUAUCAGCAGUCUAUGAGGGCCAUGUUUCCUGUGUGAAAUUGCUUCUGUCAAAGGGUGCUGAUAAGACUGUGAAAGGCCCAGAUGGACUAACUGCCUUUGAAGCCACUGACAACCAGGCAAUCAAAACUCUUCUUCAGUGACGGAUGGACUGAUAUCUUAAAUGUCUCUCCUGUGGCCUCACACUGCUGCCUGUCUGUCACUCUUUGCAUCUUCCAGCUUCUUCAGCUAAAUACUUUGGGGGGAGGGAAAUUCUUUAUGAAUCAGACUAGUUAGGGGCUUGUAUCGAAGAUAAUCUGUUUGGAGCGGGUUGAAAACUAUUAUGAACAGUAUCCAUCUAGGACUUCUUUUCAGUGCACAAUCUCUUCCCAUUUCUAGUGAAAAUGGAAGAAGGAAGACAGACCAUGAUCUUGAAUUUUUGGUUUGUAAACCUCCUAGGUUAGUACUAAGAUUUUUGUGGAAAGAUUCCUUUAGAUGGAAGUACUGUGCUACGUACCUGAAACUGAUUGUGAAGGAGACAAUAGUCCCAUGCUGUUAGUGUCUGCCAUAAUCUGAAGUGUAGUAAUGUAGGGGCUGGGUUGCUUUUCUCUCUUCUCUCUCAGUGGGUAGCUUUAUUCUUCUUCUGCCUAAAGCUUACGUUGCAGUUUUGAGGACUUUUGAUACUAGUUAUUGGAGCUGUUCUUUAUAUUGACUAAUUGGAUGUCACACUAAUGUUUUUCUGACUCUCAAGUAAACCAGGAAAGAUCAGUUGAGGCAUGGUGGUAUUACACUCCAGAAUAUCUGCCAAGGUACUUUUGGAUGCUUGAAUUUGAGGUUUUUCUUUCUCAUGUUUGUCCAGGACAGGACAGACGUUUUAAGCAAUUGUUUUUGAGAGAGUUCAGAAUGUCACUGUAGUUACUUCCAAAAGGAUUGUAAGAUGAAAUUUCUUUACUC